CAUCACCAUCAUCACUCGGCACAGCGGCACAGUAGCAGGACAACGACCUCGCUACCCGCCCUCGCCACGACAAGUCCCUCACUCCACGAUGCCGGCGCCAACAGCAUUCCCAAAAGUAUACACGGUCAACGGGCCGUCGUCGACCUCGUCGACCUCGCUGCCCUCAUGGGUGACGAUCAAGGCGCGGCCGACCAAGACGACAGCGGGGCACAAGAAGCGCGUGCGGACGCAGCACACGCUCGGGCAGCUCGAGCUCAUCCAGGACUUUGCGUUCCCCGUCGCCGCCAUCAAGAUCCGUACCACCGCCGACGGGCUGCACGCCGUCGGCACGGGGACGUACAAGCCCAUGAUCAAGGUGUGGGAUCUCGAGCAGCUUACCGAGAAGUUUCAGCGCGUGACCGACGCCGAGAACGUCGACUUUGUGCUGCUGUCUGACGACUGGACAAAGAGCCUGCAUCUCCAGCGCGACAGGAGCUUGCAGCUGCACACCCAGGGCGGACUGCACCACACCGUCCGGCUACCGAUCUACGGCCGCGCGCUGGGAUACCAUGCGCCCUCGGCGGACGCGCUCGUCGCGUGUACCGGCACCGAGGUGUUCCGCUUCAACUUGGAGGAAGGGCGGUACAUGACGCCGCUCGACGUCGCCAAGGGAUGGGGCAACGGCCGCGAGCGCGAGGUCGAGGGCGUUAAUUGUCUCGACGUCAACCCGCGCCACGGCCUCUGGAGCUUUGGGCUCGAUGGCGCGGGCGGCGUCGUCGAGUUCUGGGACCCGCGCUCGAGGUCGUCCCUCACCCGCCUGCAUCUGCCCACUGCGUCGCUGCUCCCUGCGCAGGAGUACGACUCGUUCGCCGCCGACCAGAAGCUGUCGAUUACGAGCUUGAAGAGCCACCCGACGGAUGGGCUCAGCCUGGCGGUUGGAACCAGCUCGGGACACACGCUGCUGUAUGACCUCCGUUCAGCCACGCCGUUCGCUGUCAAGGACCAGGGUUACGGCGAGGCGGUGCGCUGUGUCGACUGGCUGCGCGGCGGUGGACACCAGGAGGACUCUGGUCGCGUCGUUUCCGCCGACUCCAAGGUCAUCAAGGUGUGGGACAAGAACGAGCCGUCGACAAACCACCUGUCACUGCACCCGCCUAACCCCCUCGUUGACUUGCAUCCUGUCCCCGAGUCAGGUCUCAUGUUCGUCGCAUGCGAGGCGGCGCCGCUUUCGACAUAUUACGUUCCCGAGUUUGGACCGGCACCCCGCUGGGCAAGCUUCCUCGACUCGGUCACCGAGGAGAUGGCCAACGAAACUACUGGCGCAGGCAAGGGUGCCUACUCCGACUUCAAGUUUGUCGACCGCGCCGAGCUCGAGACGCUCGGCCUCACGCACCUCAUCGGCACACCGACACUCAAGCCGUACAUGCACGGUUUCUUCCUCGCCCUCAAGCUGUACCAGACUGCGCGCCUCAUCGCCAACCCCCAGAGCUACGCCGAGCACCGCGAGAAGAUCGUCGCCGAGCGCAUGGCCGCCAAGACCGAGUCGCGUAUCCGCGCCAAGCGCGAGCAGCCCAAGGUCAACAAGGCGCUCGCCGAGCGUCUGCGCAAGGAGCAGGAGCGCGAGGAGGCCGUGGAGAAGCGCAAGCGUGCCAAGCGUGGCGAGGUGGAGGAGGACGAGGAGAAGGAGGGCGACGCGUCCAAGCCCAAGAAGGAGUCGGUGCUCGCCGACCCCCGUUUCGCCGAGCUGUUCGAGAACCCCGACUUCGAGAUCGACGAGUCGAGCCGCACGUUUGCGCUGCUCAACCCCGCUACGGCCAACAAGAACGCCGCGGCUGCCGCUGGUGGGCGCUUCAAGACUGCCGUCGAGGAGGAGGAGGACGACAGCGACAAGGCGUCGUCGUUGGGAUACAGCGAGAGCGAGGAGGAGGAAGAAGAGGCCGAGGCGGAGCAGGCGCCAAGCGAGGACGAGCCGAGCGACGAGGAGGACGACAGCGAGGAGGAAGACGACGACGAGAGCGACGAUGGAGAUCUCCUGCAGUACGACCCGACAACCGUCAAGUCUGCCUCCUCAUCACGCUCGUUCCCCGCCACAGGACGGCGACCACAGCUGGUUGUCGGCGGCCAGUCUGGCCCGUCCAAGCCGCAGACGUUCGGGCAGCGCCUGCAGGCGUCCUCGAGCAAGGGCAAGGCGGCGGCCUCGGUCGUGCCGGACGGUGUGCUUGCCAUGCGCCGCGCAGGCGACGGCGGCAUGGAGAUGUCGUUUGUGCCCCAGCAGACGGGCAAGGGGCUGGCCGACGACGCGGACGAGUACAGCGGCGGCUCGUUCCGCAAGCGCGACAAGGUGGAGCGGUUUGGCGCAGGUCUCGAGAAGGGCGGCGAGGAAGAGGCCGACGUCCUCAAGGAGGGCGGACGGACGAAGCGGAGGCAUGUGGAGCGCAGCGCGAGCAAGAAUGCCUUCAGGCGGAGGUGAGGGGUGUAGCGGUGAUACGAUGCAUAGACUGUACUAUUG